AAAUUGCGAACUGAUCCAAUAUGGUAGAUAAAAAGUACGAAAGAAAGACGAAGUCAAUAAAAAGCAAUUAUUGCUCUCUUUAAUGGUACCAUUCGCAUGAGUUUGUGGUUUAGACAGUAAGAAAACAAGAUGUCUCAAGGAGAAAAAAGCCAUGCUAAAUCAAGGGGUGGGCGUAUAAGAAAUCAAAGGCAAGACAUGAAUGUUCCCAUGCCUGUAACAACUGAUCAAUUUGAGGAAGAGUAUCUCGGUUAUGUUAAUAAAAGAGUGACAACAGCAAAAAGAAAGAACAAAGAUGUUGCUGAUGAAUUGGAGUUUGAACGUUCAAAGCAAACAGUAGAGAAAAAAACAAGAACAAUUUUAAAUGUGGAGGAAAAUAAGAAACUGUUUAAGACUGAUGGUGCUGAAGUUGAUUCUGUGCUUGACAAAGAGAUGAUUUAUAUAGACUGUAUCAAGGUAGAUAAUACAAUUAAUAGAAAAACUCAUCACGGCCAAGACACUUCACAAGAAUGCAACAUAACAGAAAAACAAAUUGCAACGCAGACAGGUAGUGUGUCUAAUACUUCAAAGCGGACAAUAGAAAAUAAAUCUAUGAAUUCAGAUAGACAUGUGGAAGAAAUGCAAAGACAACAAAGAUUAAGACACAUGCCGCUUCUUUUGGACCAGACCGAACACCAGUGUAUGUUCUGUCCAUCCAAAUGCAAGACUCGGCUAUUGUUCAUUGAGCAUCUGAAGCAGGAGAUUCAUCUACGAAACAUGUGUCAAGACUUCAUGCCUGGACAGAUUCCGCCUGAAGACAUCAUCAAGAAGCUGACUGACAGAGGCGUGCACAACUGGCAUGACGUGGACAUCUCGAAGUGUGGCAAAUGUGGCCAUGUGUUUCUGAAUAAAGUCAACCUGUUCCGGCACCUGUGUGAAUGUAGGUUGAAAUGUGAAACGCCAUGGUGCACUCAAACAUUUGUGACUCAAGAAGAAAUGAACAAACACAUUGGUUUUUAUCAUAAACAGAGUGAACUAAAGUCAUCGCGAAAAAAAAUGUUUCUGUGUAUGAUUUGCAAAACAAUAUUUCAGGACCGUAGAGAACUUGGCUCUCAUGUGAAAAUUCAUAAAAAAGAAGAAUUCAAAUGUUGUGAUCAGCAGUUUGCUGACUUUAAGAACUAUGUUCACCAUAAGGUUAAAAUGCACAGUGAGACUGAAAAUUGGUCUAUUGUCCUAUGCCAGUCAGACGAUUGUGGGUCAGUUUUCUUCACAGAAACAGAAUAUGCCAUUCAUGUUUCAGAGAAUCAUCCGCUAAAGGUGUUUACAUGCGCGGGCAAACAGCGCAACUGUAGGCAGUAUUUCCUGUCUGACGAAGCUUGGGACAGGCAUUUUCAUCAGCAUGCAUGUGAAUUGUUCUGCACACAAUGCGAAGCUAAAUUGUUCAACAAACGUUGCUGGAAACGACAGAAAAUGCCACAUAUUAAUAUGAAGACUGGGCUUGCAUGUAAAAAUGUGAACACUUUCCUAUCAAUUUUGAAAAAGAAUUCACAAGAUGAAGGGGCUAUACAUCCAUGCAGUGUUUCUGGUUCUCAGCAAGAUAUGCUGACAAACAGAAUUCCAGACGUAAAUAAUAUGGAUAAUUCUGUUGAGAAUAAUGAUAUACUGGUAAAUGAUAUUUUGAAAGAACAGGAAAAGAAAAAUGUUUUCAAGAAAAUUAGAGUUAAUAUAGAGCUUGGAGAAGACGCAUAUGUUCUCAGCAUACAGGAAGUAGAUGAUGGACAAACCAAGGCUACACCUUUCUGUUGCAAAAUAGUUUUUGAAAAUAAACAAACGACCCCUGAAAAUACUGAUGUACCAGCUUCGAAUAUAUACCCAAUCCCUGCCACUGGUCCUGCCAAAACAUGUGGCAAAAGACGGACGAAAUGCAAGCAAGCAUGUACAUGUAUACCAUGCUGUGUUAAUGAAACACAAAAGAGAAACAGAGUGUGCGAUGCGCCAAAAGGCGAUGAGAAAAAAGAUUCCGAUGAACCUGUGGAAAAUACCAGUACAUAUGCAAUAUUUCUUGACGAGCAAUUACCUCCCGAUGAAUACUGUCAGUCUCAGAAAGGAGCAAGGCUAGAAAGCAUUACAACUCAGAAUACUAAUACAGUAAGCAGUAAAACUCAGAUUACUAAUAAAGAAAGCAGUAAAACUCACAAAAGUAAUACAGAAAGCAUUAAAGCUCAGGAUACUUUUACCGAGAGCAGUAAAACUCAGAACUCUAAUACAAAAAACAGUAAAACUCAGAAUACUAAUACAGAAAGCAGAAAAACUGAGAUAACAUGUACAGAAAGCGGAAUUACUCAGAAUGCUAGUACAGAAAUCAGUGAAACGCGGAAUGGUGGAACAGAAGUCAUUAAUAUUCACAAUACUAGUACAGAAAGCAUUAAAACUCAGAAUACGUAUACAGAAAGCAGUUCAACUCCCACUACAAGUACAGAAAGCAUUAAAGCUUAUUAUACUAUUACAAAAAGAAUAACUACUCAGAAUGCGAGUGCGGAAAGCUGUAAAAUUCAGAAUACUCAUACAGAAAGCAGUAAAACGCAUGAUACGAGUACAGAAAGCGGUAAAACUCCGAUUUUUGGUGCAGAACUCAACUUUAUACGUCCCAUGAGUCAUGUGUUCGCAUCGAUUUUUGUCUGUAAUGUAGAUGGCUGUGGAUAUAUUGCAAAAGUGGGCAUGUCUGAUACUUUCCCAUAUGAUGUGAAAUCCCACUCCAGUAAUCAUGAAUCAUUGUUUCGGAGCUCAGUGUGCGUGGCUAAUAAGUCCUGUCACAAUUACUUUGUUUGUGCUGUAUGUGACAGCACUUUCGAUUCACUUCAUCUUUAUGAUAGACAUGCAUGUAAAGAGAAAACAGAUGAGACAAUGCUCUGCCAGAAAAUAUCAACGUACAGUAGGUUUUCAAAUGAAAACGUUAAUGCGUUUGAUGCAUACAAUGAGCAAACGGGUAAAUGCUUAAUUUGUGACAAAAUUGCUGCUGAUAUUCCGGUACAUAUAAAAAACUGUCACCCAGUUAUAUGUGUAUACGAAUAUUGGAAAUGCACUGUCUUUGGUCAGAUUCAGUACUUGUUGUUCAGACCGGACAUGUCAAAUCAGUUUACAGUUAAAGAGAUCUUGCUGACCAUAGGAAAAUUUGGUACUUCGCAUUGUAAACCUAAUUUGUGCUUCAUAGUGAUCUUCAAAAUAAAUGUUCUACAGUCAUCAAGACAAAACAUUCUCUCUUUGGCACUUACUGUUUGCCCUAUGUGUUUGAAGUCUUUCUCAAGAGCUGAGCAUUUGCCUCACAUGUUCACACAUUUUGAGCCGAAGGAAGACGUUACAUGUUCUGUAACAUUUCCAGCACUUAUCUCUGAAGGUCACAACGCUGGUAUGCCUGCAGACGUUGCAACAAUGGGUGCUAACUAUAUUAAAGGUGUUGAUAAGCCCAGUGUAUUUCCUGCUGUAGUGUAUUUCCGGUCCAAUAAUCUCAACCCAAAUAAAAAUGCAGAAUUGCCAGGUAACCGUGCAAAAAUCGGAGACGAUGUCACUUCCAUAAACUCUACGCAAGUGUCAGAGAAGAGGUACAUGGUUGGCGAUGUUGAUUACCCAUCUAGAACUUUCUUGAAAGAGGAACUUCUGGUGAAUGACACGGAGUAUGGUAAUUUCAGUGUUCAGGUUUAUCAGGUAGACGACCAAUCAAAAGAUGAAGAUAAAAUGUCACUUAUGGGUACAAUUGAGGAUACAAUAACAUGAUAACAAGAUGAUUUUUGUACAUCCUGAAGUGCUUUAAUACUUAAGAAAUAUUACUUAUAUGGAUCAGCUGAAAUUUCUGUGGUAACAUUUAAUUGUUAGGUAUUACGAAUUUACAAGUAAUUUUAAAUUAGAAUAAGAUUGAAAGACACUGCAAGACUGAAGAAUUGUGUUAAUGCAAAUGUGCCUAUUUAUUUAUCAAUCAAUGAAGCUAUUGUUUUUAGCUCACCUGAGUACAAUGUGCUCAUGGUGAGCUUUUGUGAUCGCCUUUUGUCCGUUGUGCACCGUCAACAUUUGCCAUGUUAACACUCUAGAGGCCACAUUUAUUUCCAAUCUUCAUGAAAUUUGGUCAAAAGAUUGGUCUCAAUGAUGUCUUGGAUGAGUUCGAAAAUGGUUACGUUUGCUUGAAAAACAUGGCUGCCAAGGGGCGGGGCAUUUUUCCUUAUAUGGCUAUAUAUUGCUAUAGAAAAAUCUUGUUAACAUUCGAGAAGCCACAUUUAUACAUAGUCAGAUCUUCAUGAAACUUGGUCAGAAAAUACAUCCCAAUAAUAUCUUGGACGAGUUUAAAAAUGAUGCCGGUUGGUUUUAAAAUCAUGGCCACCAGGGGUGGGGCAUUUUUCCUGAUAUGGCUAUAUAUGGCUUUAGUAAAACCUUGUUAACACUCUAUAGAGGCCACAUUUAUUGUCCAAUCUUCAUGACAUUUGGUCAGAAGAUUGGUCCCAAUGAUAUCUUGGAUGAGUUUGAAAAUGGUCAUGUUUGCUUGAAAAACAUGGCGGCCAAGGGGCAGGGCAUUUUUCCUUAUAUGGCUAUAGUAAAAUCUUGUUAACACUCUAGAGGCUACAUUUACUGUCCGAUCUUCAUGAAACUUGGUCAGAAGAUUCAUGCUGAUAAUAUCUUGGACAAGUUAAAAAAUGAUGCCGGUUGGUUGAAAAAUAUGGCUGCCAGAGAGCGGGGCAUUUUUCCUUAUAUGGCUAUAGUAAAACCUUGUUAACACUCUAGAGGCCACAUUUAUUUUCCAAUCUUCAUGAAACAUGGUCAGAAGAUUUUUCCCAAUAAUAUCUUGUUAUCUCAGGUGAGCGCCUUUGGGCCUUUCAGGCCCUCUUGUUACAGUUUUCACUUAAUACAAUAACAAUCACUCAUUGCUUGCUUAAAUUUCAUGUAUAUGUUUUUAUGUAACCUAAUUUAUAUGUUAUGGUUUCACUUUCAUGCCUUGUAUAUUACAAAGGGCUGAUAUAAUAGCGAUGCAUACAUGGCUCAUAAUUAUAAUCAUGUUUCAAAUAAAAUUUAAUUUGAUAAUGAAGAAGUCUCAUAGUUCAAAGUUCUGAAUAUGUCACAGUGGAAAAGAGCUAUAAAGUAUAAUUAUUUACGUAUUGGUUGUGCUUUUGAGUGUUACGUAUUGGUUGUCCUUUUGAGUGUUAAGUAUUGGUUGUCCUUUUGAGCGUUACGUAUAUGAAAAACGUAAAAUGUUUAACUUUAUCACCCUGUAAGUUAGAUGUGGGUUCCUGUCAUAUUGUCAAUUUUGUUUGUUUGUGUCUGUGCGUCAGAAAAAUUUACAAUAUGUUGAUAUGUACAACUGUGGAUUUCUCAUGACUUUGGAUAGCUCCAAUUACUUAAAGAUUAAGAGGUUUCGCUCUUUUAACCUCCUCAUCAUCACCAUGGCAAAAGUGUCUUACGCUUCUGUUUUCCAACAAUAUACAUGUAUCAUGCUUGGUUGAACAUUACUUGAAAGCCAAUCAUAUCUCUGUCCAGUUCAAGACUGGGUCAUACGGGGUCAAAGACUAGGUCAAUAGAUCUACAAAAGAAAAUCAGGAGGCCACAUUCAUUGCUUAUUCUUUGAGAAACUUAGAAUAUUUGCCAAAAUGAAAGUUUGGCUGAGUUUGAAACUGGGUCACAUGUCAUCAAAAUGAGGUCAUUAAAUCAUAUAGAAGAAAAAGCUUUUGAACUCUCUGGAGUCACAUUUGUCAUCUAGAAGUUACUAAAACAUUUGUUCUUUUGAUAUCUUUGCUUUGUUUUAAAAUGGUUCUGGCCCAAUGAAAAAUAUAGCUUCAUGGGGAUGGGGCAGUUUAGGCAAUAGACACCUUGUACUCAUUGUAAUGUCAGAAGCUGUAAGCAACCUCAAUCUCAAUUCAUUUGGACUUAAUUAAUCGCAGGUUCUUUAUUGAACUCUGCUUGUCUUCCUAGGGGAGACAAACUUUCUUGUUAACCAUUCAGCUUUUCCGAUAGAGUUGUCUGCUCUUCUUGUUCCAUGGUUUCCCACAUAAUCAUACAGCAUCUUUCUCUCCUUCCUAGAGUUGGAUUUUGAAACAUUUAAUUAAUACUUGUGAACUCCAUAAGCAUUCUUGAAUUGUGUAUUUUGUGGAUGAAUUCUCUAUUUUGUAUCACAUGAUAAAUGCCAACAUAAGAAUUA